GAAACGUCAAUGGAUUCCAUUCAGAAGAUAUUAAGUGAAAGUGAUACAUCAAAAGUUAUAGGUGGUGCUGCAGUUACACUUACAACAGUUGGUGCUUUAACAUACUACAUGAUGUCGAAGCCACAACCUAUAAAAUUAGCGUUAGAUUUAAACAAUCAGUCUGUGGAAGUCGAGCCUGGUGUCAGGAUCUCUGCUUAUUUAACAAAGGAUUCAGAAUUAAUGGAAUAUCUAUAUGAAGACAGUAAAACAUUGUAUGAAAGUUUUCAAAGAGGAAUUCGUGUCUCAGAUAAUGGUAAUUGUCUUGGAAGUAGAAGUAGUCCUAAUAAAGAAUAUCAAUGGUUGUCUUAUAAGCAGGUAUAUGAGCAGGCUUUAAAUAUCGGUGCAGGGUUAAUAAAUCUAGGGUUAAAACCCGGUCAAGAAACAUUUAUUGGUAUAUAUAGUUCUAACAGAAAAGAGUGGACCAUAACAGAACAAGGCUGCAAUACAUAUUCAUUGGUAACUGUCCCAUUAUAUGAUACAUUAGGUUCUUCAGCUUGUCAUUAUAUAAUCAAUCAUACCAACAUUACAACAUUGAUAUGUGAUAAAUGUAGUAAAGCAGAAUUAAUCUUACAAGAUACCAAGAAUAUAAAAUGUCUGAAACACAUGAUAGUAAUAGAAAAAAUAACAGAUAAGGUUAAAGAGCUGGCUAAACAAGGGAAUAUUCACCUACAUCAAUUUACAGAUAUACAGGAAAAUGGUAAAUCUCAUCCAGUUGAUCCAGUGUUACCUAAACCAGAUGAUUUAGCUACUAUAUGUUAUACUAGUGGAACAACAGGUGAUCCUAAGGGUGUUAUGUUAACACAUAAAAAUUUAGUUUCCAAUAUAUCAGCUAUAAUAGCUCAUGUUAAGUCAAAUUUUGAAAUUACACCAAAUGAUGUCCAUCUGUCAUAUCUUCCAUUAGCUCACAUGUUUGAAAGAGGAAUGCAGUUAUUAUUGUUCAUGCAUGGGGCACAAAUAGGGUUCUUUCAAGGUGAUAUCAAGCUAUUAACUGAUGAUUUACAAGCAUUGAGACCAACUAUUUUCCCUACAGUACCUCGAUUAUUAAAUAGAAUGCACCAAAAGGUUUUGAAUGGAGUAAAGAAUAGUAAACUAAAAUCAUGUUUAUUAAACUGGGGUUUACAAUCAAAGUCAAAGGAAAUUCAAAGUGGUAUAAUAAGAAGAACUAGUAUUUGGGACAAGAUAUUAUUCAGUAAGAUACAGAAUUUACUAGGUGGUAGAAUUAAAAUGAUUAUUACUGGAUCAGCACCAUUAUCAGAAGAGGUUUUGAAUUUCGCUAGAUGUGCUUUUGGAUGUAUAGUUGUUGAAGGUUAUGGUCAAACUGAAGCCACUGCCGGAAUAACCUUUAAUAUUCCCGGAGAAACUGUUCCAGGACAUUGUGGUGGACCUUUGAUGUGUAAUAAAGUCAAAUUAAUUGAUGUACCAGAAAUGGAUUAUUAUGCUUCAAAAGGAAGUGGAGAGAUAUUAGCCAAAGGUCACAAUAUAUUUCAAGGUUAUUAUAAAGAGCCAGAGAAAACAGCUGAUACUAUAGAUAAAGAUGGUUGGGUCCAUACUGGUGAUAUUGGUACAUGGUUACCGAAUGGUUGUCUGAAAAUAGUUGAUAGAAAGAAAAAUAUAUUUAAAUUAGCUCAGGGAGAAUAUAUUGCUUCUGAAAAAAUUGAAAAUAUUUAUCAAAGAAGUCCAUAUGUGACUCAAGUAUUUUUGGAGGGUAACAGUCUAAAGAGUUGUGUUAUGGCUGUGGUUGUAUUAGAUGAAGAAUAUAUGUCUCAAUGGUCCAAUAAUAAUAAUAAUAAUAAUAUGACAGAUGAGGAUAUAAAGCAAGUUGUUUUGAAAGAUAUGAUCAGAUGUGGUAAAGAAGCACAAUUAAAAGGUUUCGAACAGGUGAAAGAUAUCUAUAUACAUUCUGAACAAUUCUCAGUAGAAAAUGGUUUACUAACACCAACAUUUAAGAAUAAACGACCAGCAUUACAUAAACAGUUUAAAAAAGAAAUUGAAGAAUUAUACAACAAAUUAGAUGAUUGAAGUGUAUAGUAAAUGAACAGUUGACUUAUGGUUUUAACUAAAAAAUAUAGCCUGUUAUGGACAUUUUUAUUUGCUUGUAUGAACUAUUUUAUGUCAGUAAAUGUUUAGUUUAUUACUCUUCUUUUGUUUGUAGUCAUAUAUUACCUUGCCUAACAAGCUGUCAUACUUACAAGAUGUUUUUAAGAUGAAUAAUGUAUACACUAUUUAAUGGACUACUUAGUAUAUGUAAACUUUAAUUUCUAUUGAUUAAGUAGUAAUAUAUAAUGUGUAUUUUUAAUGUUUUAUAUAUAUAUAUUUGAUAUCCAAGGCCAACACAAACAAAUACGGGUAAAGAUCACAUUGUUUUUCCUGUGCACACUAUAGGCCUACAAUAAAAACUAUACUUUAGACUAUAUUUAUGAAGGAUAUAAAUUUUUAAGGUUGAAAGUAUUUUAGACCAAGGCUUUUCAUAUCUCUUUUGCAUGAGGCACAUCUGGUCAUUUUUCGUUUUCCUAUUUGUGGACAUUCCUAUAUUAUAUUCGUGCAGAGACAUUUAUUAACAUUUUAGGAUGUUUUCGAACAUAACCAACAGUAGAUUUUGUGAAAUAGAAAAUAGAAAUUGAAACUCUACAAACCAGUUUAUUGCAUUUCAUUAGGGUGGGUAUUAAAUCCCAACAGCUCCAAACGCCUAUGAAAAUUUGCGCUUAAAUAAGAAUUGUUUAAUUUAAGGAUUGCAGAAUUCAUGCUACAAUACGAAACAUUUUCAGUUUGGCAGAAUUUUUGGUGAGGUCAAUAUUAUGGAAUCACGGAUUUUAAAAAAAUCUCAUUUCAUUACUUCCUUAAUAUAAAUCCAGUUAUAUAUUAUAGUUUUUAUCUUUAUGUAACUCUAUGUUAUUUUACCUGAAUGUAAUUUUAUAAUUUAUUGUAUUCUACGCAUUGUUAAAAACAAAUACUCAGUUAAAGCGAACAAUCAUGACAAGUUAUAUUUUAUUAUGAAGAACUAAAAUUAAAUAUAUUUUUACAAA